AUGAAUAUAUUCUAAGAAUAUUUGGAUGAUACAUCUUUAAUCUAGAGUUCAAAUAAAUAUAUAGAUAUUGAAAAAAUAAACCUAAUUCAAAGAUUAAAAUCAAUAGAUAAAAGUAACGGAAAUUGUUACUUAUAUACAAUUUUAGAUACAUCAGGCACUUUAAGAGGAGGAGGAGGAUGUUGUGUGCAAAAAUAUUAGUAAAAUAUUUAGUAAAUUGUAAAAAGUGUUUAAAUUCCCAUAAACUUUGCAAUUAAUUUGACAAGGUAUACAAAUAUAAUUGAGGAAAAGUCUAAUCUUUUUUGUGAUAAGAUUUAUUAAGAUGAAAUACUUAUAGCAUUUUAAUGGUUUUAUAAUUAAAAGGAAUGUUUUCAAAUUUUGUGUAAUGAUGAUUCUCAGAAUUCUAUAAAUUACGAACUAAUUGAGAAAAACGUUGAAAAAUUAAUGAAACAGCUUCCUGUAUAUAUAAAAAUUUCAGGAUAUCUAUUUCAUUCAUUGCUUCAAAUAUGUAAUGAUUUAUUUAGAAUUAUAUUCUCAUACUAAUUAAAAAAUGAAGAGAGAUACAUUUAAGAGGAUUUUUAAUAAAAAUUAUUAGAUAAUAUUUUUGAAAUUGAAGAAUAAAUUAAGGUAGAAUCUUCAAAAAUUUGGAUAACAGGAGUUGAGUUUGAACUCUAAUUAAUAAAAAUUUGUAUAACCCAUCUUAGAACUAAUUCUAAAAAAGGAGAAUAAUUGCUUAUUUCCUUUUUAUGUUAAGUGGCUACUUCAGUUUCAUAAUUGUAACCUACUAGUGAAUUAAUUGAUACGAUCAUUGAGGGUGGUAAAUUUUUAUUAAUGAACUUUUAUGAAAAAUAAAUAUAGCAUCCUCUUGAAAAAUAUGAGAUUUAUUAUUUUUUUGAGAACUUAAAAUGGUCAAUAGUAAAUCAAUUAAAAUAAGGUUUUUCAACUAAAACAACAAUCAAUCAUUUACAAAAUGGAUAUAGCAAAUAUAUAUAAUAAUCUAAAGAUUGGAUGAUCCAUUUUUGUUGGAUUAACUUAUUAUCUGAUAUAAUGGCAUAUAGACCAAUAAUUAGCAAAAAAUAAGUAAUGCAAAUUCAGAAUAAUCAUUAAGCAGCUUAAAAAUUAAUAACUCUAGAAUCAUUAUUUACUCAAUUAGCAUAUGAUAAGUCUUUUUUGAAGUUUAAACUAUUUCCUGAUGAUAAAAAAAUUUUUCAAAACAUGUUUUAAGAAUUAAGACUUUUUGAAGAGUAUUUAUUAGAAGAAUAAGAUAAGAUUUAAUUAUUGCCUAAUUAUCUAAAUUUUAAAUUUGAUUAUCAAUAUAAUGGAUAAAUCAAUAAUUUAGAUCUAAAUAUUCAGAUUUUUACUAAAUAAUCAAAUCUUUAAAUUCUAAACACCUUGAAUGAUCUAUUCUUAUAAUCAUAGUGUGGAUUGAUUCAAAAUAUUUAAUUAUUUGAUAAAUUAUUUAAAAAUUUGAAAACUAACCAUAAAACUUAAAGCAAUGAGAUACUAGAAAUAAAGUAAAACAUUUCAGAAAUUUUUAAGUAAAUAAAAUAAUAAAUGUUUUUGUGCUUAUUAAUUUUAUAUCAAAUACAACUUUCAGUUAUUAGAGAAAUUGAAAUUAAUAAGGUUUUUAAACAAAUUUUAGAAAAGGAAGAAACAAAUUUAAGUUAAAAUAAUAAAAUACUUAAACAAUAACUUUUAAAAAUCAUAAAAGAUUUAGAAUCAAAUUAUGAAUCUUAAUUUUAGAUCAACAUUAAAAAAAUCAUAAAAUUUUGGAUAAAAAUUUGUUAAAUUAUUUCAAUUUAUAAGAGUGAAUAUAUUUUUGAAGAAAAUGAUUUAGUUUAUAGUUAAGUAUAGAAAGAUGGAUAUUAAAUUUCUAAUGAAUUUGAACAAACUUUUUUAAUAAUUCAUAAGUUUAUCUAAUAAUUCGUUUUUUAGAUUAAUUAAUCAAAAAAGAUCUUUCAAAAGAUUUAUGAAUCAAAAGAAAUAGAGUCAAUAUUCUAAGAAACUCUGACUCAAAGAAAAAUAUCUGAUAUUGCUAUUUAAUUAUAUAAUCCUGAGUUAAUUUUAGAACUUAAUUAACAAUUUUAAGAGAGCUUUUCAACAUUAUUAUAAUUUAGAUGGAAAUUAUAAAUUAUUUAAGAUUUAAAAGAUUCUUUUAUUGGAUGUAGUUUUUUGAGAUUUAUAUUAAAAACUUUGAGAAGACUCAUAUAAAUUCAUAAAUUAAAUUUAAAUCAUCUAAUCUCAUAGAAAAAUAGUCUUAGAAAUAAUACAGUGAAGUAAUCUGAUGAUUAAGACUUUAAUUCUUAUAAAUCAUAAAUUAUCGAGACUCUAAUAAAGGAAAAAAGAUAAUUAAUUCAAAAUCAUUUUGAUAAAUAUAAUGAUAGAGAAUUGAGCGAUUAAGAGGUAAAUGAUUUAAGCGAAUUACAAAAAUCAGUAAAUUUAUGGAUAACAAAAAUAUAAUUCUAAAAUUGGCCAUCAGAAAUUUAAACAUCUUUAACUAUUUUGUUCUAGGAAAUUUAGACUAAAUUAAAGAUAUUAGAAUUAAAUUAUAAAUAUAAAAAUAGCAUCAAUGAAGAAAUACUAUAAUUAACUGAUAAUUUUCUUCAAACCAAUUUCAAGAAUAUUUCUUUAUAACAAAUUAAUAUUAUUGAUUAAGAAGAAUAAAACAAUUAGAUUAUUCCAGGAAAGGAUAAAUUAUUUAAUUGUGAAUUGUUAAUUUAAAAAAUAAAUAUUUUGACUGGAAAAUCCUAAAAAGUUAAAAAAAUAAUUCAAUAAAAAUAUAUGAAUAUUAAUUUUUCUUAAUCGAUACCCAAAAAUUCUAUAAUAGUAGCAACAAGUUGGGAAAAUUUUAUUGAAAAAUUAAAUGAAAUUCUUAAAGAAAUAUAGUAAUUAAAUUAUGAUUGUGUUAAGAGCAUUAGUGAUUAAGAGUAGAUUGUGUUCGUAAAAUCUAUUAAUCAAUAAUUGUCUACAACAUAAAGUUUUAAUUAAAUAAAUGCAAAUAUUAUUUUAUAUAAUACACCUACCUUGUUAGAUGAUAUAACUUUUAGAGAUGAAUUGAAUGAUACAACAUUCUCUUUUUAUCUUUCAGAAUUAAGAAAAGAUCUUAUUUCUAAAUAAGGAAGAGAAAUUGUAGAUAUGUUUGGAGAUUCUUCAUAUAAAGUUAGAGAAUCAUUAGUUUUUAAUUUAAUAAAAAUAUAGUCAAUUGUUUUAGAAUCUCCAAUAAAAGAAUUUUGUUCAUAAUUGCUUAAAAAUCUUUGGAUAAUAGAAAAACAUGAUAGUGUUAGAAAAAUAUUAAAGAAUUAAGAAAUGAUUGAGAUGCAAAAGAGAUUAUUUUCAUAAGAUUUGAUUAAUUUUUCAAAUAGUUUAAAAUUAGAAAUGUAAGCAAAAUUAAAAAGUAUUGAGUAACUUGAAACUCUUGUUUUAAUAGGAGAUAAUCAAACAGAAAUGAAAAAAAAACUUGAAUAAGCUUAUGAUGAUUUUGAAAUAUAUUUGGAUAAUAUAACAGAUAUGUCUAAUCGAUUGGAUAUUAGUUUGGUAUUUUUAAAAGAAAUUACAAAAGAUUUAAAAAAAAUCAAAAAUUCUAUAGAUUAGAUUCUUUAAAGUGUUUAAGGUUUAGAAGCAGACAUUAGAAAAUUAAGAGGCAAAGAUUUUAUGGAAUUAUUAUAAAUUAGAAAAUAAAAAGUACUAAAAUAAAUGCUUGAAAACGAAUUGGAUUAAAUUCAUGUGUAAAUUUCAACAUAAGAAUAUGAUCCAGUGUCUGGAAUUAAAAAGAAAACAAUAAAAAGAGAAACUUAGAUAUCUUAUCUUUUAAAAUAAUAAUAUAAUGAUUUUGAUGGAGAAAUUAAUGAAUUUUUAUGGAGUGAAAAUGAUAGAUAAAAAGAUGUAAUGCUUUUAAGAGGAAAAGCUGGUUCUGGAAAAAGUAGAGCAUCUAGUAAUAUAGAAGAAUUAUUAUGGAUAUGUGAUUAAUAAUAACCAUUUUGGAUACCAAUAUUUGUAUCACUUCCUUCAUUAAUAGAUCCUAGACAUAAUCUUAUUAAUCAAGCUUUAGAAUCUGAAAAUUAUAAUUUUGAUAAAACAUAAAUUAGAGAUUUCAAAGAAGCAAUUUGUAAUGGUAAACUUAAAGUACUCUUCAUAUUAGAGAGUUAUGAUGAAAUUAAAACUGAUUUUAUUAGUUCUAAUUUUUAUUAAACAAAUAGAUUUGCUAAAGAUCUAAAUCUUUAAAUUCCAGGUUUAAAUGUUAAAAUUAUUAUUACAACAAGAGAAGAAAUUUUAACAUCUAUUGGAUAUCAAAUAUGGUUUUAUGGUUCAAGUAUUAAAACACUUAAAGAAGUAGAAUUACUUCCAUUUAAUAAUUAAUAAAGUUAAGAAUAUAUUAAAAAAUAUAUCCAAAUUAGCAUAAAAAGGACGAUUAAAAGAUUUUACGAAUUUUUAAAACAAUUGAAAGGAUUAGCAUUCGAAAUUCAUGAAUUUAAAUAAAUAUGGUCAAAUUUAGAAAGUUUUAUAGAUUCUAUCAUUAAUUAAAAAUAAAUCGAUGAUGGUUUAUUUUCGUCUAUUGAUACAGAGAGAUUGCUUAAGAAACUUUAGUAGAUUUAAUUUUUUAAUUUUAUUAAUACAGAUUAAAUGAUUUGGUUAAAGAAAGACUUACUUUAAUUAUGGAGCGAAUAAAAAUUUUUAUAAGUAAUUAAAAAUGUAAAUAUUGAUCAUCUAUUAUGUACUCCUUUUAUGAUGGAAAUAAUUGUCUAUGUAUUACCUAAAAUGUCAUAAUAAUUUUCAUAAGCAAGCUAUAUUAGAAAUAUAGUAACUCAAAACUAUUUAAUAUUAAAAAGAUAAUCAUAUUAAUCAUAAUAAUUAAUUCAUCAAUUUUAAGCUAAUUAAGUUAAUGAAAAUUAAUAGUUCAAUGAUGAUAAGUUAACUUCUCUUAAAUUAAAUUAGAAUUAAAUUAAAGCUGAUAAAGCUAUAUUGGAAUAGUUUAAUUUUAUAAUGGAAGAACUAGAUAAUUAAGACUUUUUUGAAUCAUAUUCAAUAACCAAUUAACUUGAAUAUAUUAGUAAUACUUGUAUUGGAGCAUCUAGAGAUUUUCAUGUUAAAUUUGAUGCAAAUUUUAUUGUAGCUGCAUUAAAAUUUAAUCAACUCACUGCAUUUGAUUUUUAUGAAACAUUUGUAAAUUAUUAUACAAAUCAACAAAUUGAAAAAUACAAAGAUUUAGGAAAGAUUAUAAAUCAUGAAAGCUUUUAUAUAGAUUUAUAAGACUUUUCAUUAUCUUUAGCAAUCGAUAUGUCUAUGAGACAAAUAACAUAAGUUAAUUAUAAAUAAAAGGGAAAAUUACAAAUCUAAAAUUUACAUGAAGAUAGAAAUGAUUAAAUUACUUGGGACGAUUUAUAUUUCGAUGAAAUCUCAGACAAUCAAGAAUAUAAAAGUUUAUUAAAAAAAUGCAUGUUAAUAAAUUCUAAAGGCAAUUUAUAUGCCUUCAAUCAUAAGUCAAUUUAAGAUUUUUUUGUUGCUAAAUAUAUAUUAAAGCUAUAUUAGACAAUAUUUAAUUAAAAUCAAGAUAUUAAUAUACAAUCUUUAGAAAAGAGCGUAUAUAACAAUAUUUUAUUUAAUUUAUCACAAGAACAUUAUUUUGGAAGUUUAGAACUGUUAAAACCUAAAUUGAUUUCGCUAGAAAAUAUUAAAAGUAAGUUAAUUUAAAUGACUAAAUUAUCAAAAACUGAUUUAUAACAUAAAGUGAUUAGAUCAGCAUCUAAUUCAAUUUAUUUAUUAAGCUAUUUAGGAGAGUAUUUUCAGGAAAUUGAUUUUAGUAAUAUUUCAAUCUCAAAUACUAAAUUAAAUAAACUUACAUUUUUUUAGUGUAAUUUAAAUUUUUCAAAAUUUGAUAAUGUAUGUAUUGAUUCUUGUAAUUUUAAUUGUGCCAGUAUAAAAAAUGGAGAAUGGAAAAAUUUGAUUUGUACAGAAAAAAGAUUUCUUGAUGGUCAUAUUUUAAAUAUAAUUUCUAUUGAUUUUACUGAUGAUGGAAAAUCUCUAAUAUCAGUUGAAAAAACAGGAGUAAUAAUGAAAUGGUUAAUUUAUAAUGAUGAGCAUCCAAAAUCUUUAAAUUUAUAAACUGAUGUAUUUUAAACAUCAUAUUCUAAAACUCUUAAUGUUUUAAUUUGUUAAACUAAAAAAUAUAUAUACUUUAUCAAUUGUCAAGAAUUAUAAAUGGAUGAGAUUUAUUCUCUACCUAAUUGCAAUUGCAGUAAGAUUUGUUUAUAACCUGAAAUGCAAUAUUUAGCUGCGGAUAUAGUAAUGCAUAAUAAAGUUUAUUUAUGGCAAAUUAAAGACUUGUAAUCUAGCAAUUAGAUAUAACCUAUAAUUUCAUAAUCAAUAAACAAAAGCUCCAUAACAUGUUUAGCUAUAACCAAGGAUUUUAAAUUAAUAGCAACAGGACAUUAUUAAAUUAAGAUAUGGUUGAGUGAAAAUUGUAAAGAAUAUUAAGAAAUUACUUAAUUAUAUGAAGAUUUAAAAUAAAAGACAUAAUCUAUAAUAUUUUCAUAGAAUGAAGAAAUUUUAAUUACAGGAGGAGAAGAUUAAAGGAUUAGUUUUUGGAAUAUAAAAAAUCAUGACAAUAUACAAUUAUAAUUACGGUUAGAUACAUUUAGUAAAGUGAAUUCUUUAUCUUAUUAAAUAGAAGCUAAAUUUAUAGCUGUAAGAACAGAUUAUUAUAUUAAAUUAUAUGAUGCUGAAAAUCCUAUUUUGUCUUAACACUUUUUUAGAUAAGAAAUAGAUUUUUAAUAUAAUAUAUUUUAGAUAUCUCCCAAUAGCAAAACUUUAGCCAUUUUAAAAAAAAAAAAUGAUGAAGAAUCCACAAUUAUGAUAUGGAAUAUUUAAGAUUAUACUUAAAUGAAUUUGAUAAAAUCAUUUGCUAGUAAGAAGAAUAAAAAGGAUUAAAUAAAAUAAUUAUAAUUUUCUCCAGAUGGAUAGGUUUUAGUAGAAGUUACUAAUAACUCCAUUUAUCUUUGGGAUUUAAAAGAUUAUGAAUUAAUAUCGAAAUUAGAAAAUCAAUUUAAUAAUAUUUAAAAUCUUUCAUUUUCAACUGAUUAAAUUCAGUUUGCAAUUUGUUGUGCUAAUAAAUAACUAACAUUAUGGAACAUUUAAAAAUUGAAUUCUCCAUAAAAUAUAGCAACACUUAAUCUUUAGCAUGAAUGUUGUCAAGCACAUUUUUGUCCAAAUGAAUAAAUAAUAAUAACAUAUUCUAAUAGUUCUUAACCUACAGGCAUUACAUUUUGGGAUGCAAUCUAAUAUAAAUAAAUUACCACAGUCAUUAAUGAUGAAGUAAUCAGGAAUGUCUGUUUUAAUCAAGAUGGAAAUAUAAUGAUAUCUUUCAGUAAUUCAUUAAGAGUUUGGAAAAAAAAUUAAUAAUAAUUUGAAAUAUAAGAAGAAUAUAGAUAUAAUUGUAAAUAAAUAUCUCAAAGCUUUAUGAUUAAUCAACAACGUAUAAUUGCUUUAAAAAAUAAAUGUCUUUAUGAGAUAAUACUAUCUGAUAAUAAAUAAAUAAAUGAUGAAAAUUUUGGAUAUAAUAAUGAAGUAAAAAAUUUUGAUCUGGCAAGCAAUAGACAAUUUUUGAUAAUAAAUGGAAAUGAUAAGAAAAGAAUUAUUUUGUUUAUGACAGAUCAACAGUAAUAAACUAUGCUAUAUCAAAAUGAAUACACUAUAUUCAAUGAUUUUUCAAUCUCUUAAGACCAUAAAAUUAUUGCUAUAGCCUCCUAAGAAGGAAUCACUAUUAAAGAUAUGGAAACAAAAAGAAUUAUAACUUCAAUAUAAGAAAUAAAAAAAUGUUCUUGUGUUAUUUUUUAUCAAUAAUAAGGUAAUAACUUUAUGAUAAUUGGAUCAUAAGUUAAUGAAGGUUAACUAGCAUUAUAUGACAUAAAUAAUCUCUCUUAAAUAAUAAAAAUUAAAUUGAUUACGUUGCUUAGUCGUCCUUUAAAUAUGUAUCUUCUUUAAGAAUCAUAAUAACUAAUUAUUGUUUAUAAGCAUUUUCUAACUAUUAAUAAAAUAGAUAAUUUGGAAUAAUCUAAAAUGAUUCCUAUUAGAGGAGCAUAAAGUUUUUCCAACAAUUUAAUCAUCAAUUAAGACUAAUCUGCAAUUAUAUUAGGAGUAGAAGAUGAAAUUUGUAUUUAUUCUCUUUAAAAUUAAAUUGAAACAGUUGGAUUUUCAACAAUUGAUGAUAAAAAAAUUUUGCAUAUGAGUUUCUCAAAAUAUAAUCAAACUCUAAUUAUCAUAAAAGAAAAUUCAAUUUAUAUUGAAUGGGAUUUGAAUUUAAGAAAAAUAAUUAAGUAGGCAAAUUUUAAUAAUAGUUCAUAAUUUUACUUAACGAUAAAUGAACGUGAAACUCAAUUAAUUUCAGUUAAAUCUGAAAAUUCAAAAUAGUACUUAAAAAUUAUAGAUUUGAUUUCUAUGAAUGUAAUUAAUAGUUUUGAAGAAUUAAAUAAAGAAAAAGUAGCUUUUAUAUCUGCAGCUUACACUUAAGAUGGAACAAGUUUUAUUACGGGAUAUACAAAUAGAACAUUUAAAUUUUGGGAUUCCAAGUCGUGUAAACUUUUACAAAUGUUUAAUAGUUAUACUUCUACAAUAGAUUUAAUAUAAAUAUCAAACCUAGGAAUUAUGGCCUAGGUUAAUUAGAACUAAAUUAAAUUAUGGAACUUAAUUGCUUUGAAGUAACAAUAAUCUAAUUAAGAAGGACAUUCAGAUUAAAUUAAUAGACUCAUUGUUUCUCCAGAUGGAUUAUCAUUAGUAUCUGGUUCAGAAUCAUAAAUAAUACGAUGGGAUUUAAAGGAAAAUAAAAAAAUUGAUGUAUUAUUGAAAGGAUAAAAACUUCCAUCAUAUUUUUUCUUUUCAUGUGAUGGUCAAUAUUUUGCAGCUCUAGAAGAAUAAAAUUGGAUUAAAAUAUGGAAGAUUACUUCACUUUACAUUAUUGAACAUUGUUUUCAAUUAUCUUUCUCUAAUGAUACAUUAAAUUUUCAAUUUAAUAUUAAAGACUAUCAACUUGUAUCAAAAAAUAAAGAAUAAUAAAUUAUGAUUUGGGAUUUAAAAAAAGCAUACUUAUGCGAAAAAUUACCUAAAUCUAUUUAAAAUUCUUAAAAAUCAAUUACAAUAUUUUCUUCAGAUGCUUAAUUAAUUUUAGCAUCAAAUCCAUUAAAAAUAUUAUAUCCUGAAUAAUAUUUUUAGUUUGAUAUUGAUUAAACUACUAAUAUUGGUUUUAUUGCAAUAUCUCAUAAUUCAAAAUUAUUAGCUAUUGAAAAUAUCAAUAAGUCUAUCAUAAUAUGGUCAGUAUCUGAAAAGAAACUCUUGCAUACUUUUAAUUUUGCAAAUAAAAAAGAUCUACCAAUUUUAACUAUUGUAUUUUCUGGAAACAAUAAAACAUUGCUUUCUACUCAUUAGGAUAUAAUAGCUAGAUUGUGGAAUGUAGAAGACGGACAAUAUUAAUUACUUUAAGAAGUAGAAAUUGAAUUCUUUUAAUAUAAAUAGUUUGGAAGUAUUUAAACUUUUCCUGUAAACGAUGAUAACUUUAUAACUAUUUGGUCUGAAUUUUAGGGAUAUGACUGUAUACUACAGAGUUAUCUUAAUUAUUAUUAUUUCUAGGGUCUCUAACAAAAAAAUAUUAGUAAUUCUUAGGAUUAUGAAUUGAAGAAUUUUUCAGUUGGCUAUAACAACUAAAAAUAAAUUUUUGCAAUUCAAUUUUUUUAAUAGCUACAUUUAUAUGAUAUAAAUUCUGAUAAAAUUGUGGCUAAAUUAGAGGGAAAUUAAUAAUCAAAUUAAAUUUUGUCAACUAUCAUUUCUUUCUCUCCAGAUGGAUCAAAAUUAAUUACAUGGGGUGCUAAUCAUAUUAUAAGAUUAUGGGAUUUAUCAGAUAUAAAUGAUAUUAAAUACAAAAUUAAUUUUAAAUCUUUAAUAGAGGCCAAAGCAGCCUAAUUUUUAAUGGAUGGAGAAAAUAUUAGAAUUAUCAGCAAGGAUAAUAAAAUUUAUAAUCAUAAUAUUUAAGAGUUUACUUAAUUUUGUAGAAUUCCCAAAUCAAAAUAAUUUGAAUUUUAGGGUGAACAAAAUUUUAAAUGUUAAAAAUAUUAAGUUAAUUUUAACGAUUUAGAACUUAAUAUUAAAGAUGUUGCAACAAAUUAGAUCAAAUGUACAUUUAAUUAAUUUAGUUCAAAGGUUACAACUUUUGCAUUUACACCAUCUUAUCAAUAAUUUAUUUUAGGAAUGAAAGAUGGAUCUAUUUUCUUAUAUCUUAUUGAACAGAAAAUUUUGGAUUUGCACAAAAAGCCUGUUUGUUAUAAGAUAUUUGCAAAAAGCACUUAAUUGUAAGUAAAUUUUUGUUAGAUUGGAGAGUCUAUUUUUGAAACUUAAGAAAAAGAGAAUCUUCGAAAAUUACUUUUUGAUAAAGGUGCCAUUGAAUGA